CCUUAACUCGCUUCAUUUCAUGUUAACUGUGAGCGUAUGCAUUAAUAAACAUGGAAUACUUAGCAGAUAAGUGCUUAGAAAACGGUGAUUUGACGGGUGCCACUGACUUGUUUGCAUCAUUAGAAAAGACGAAUCCAAAAUACAGUAAAAUGGCACGUAUAUGUCGCGUUUUAAGCAAUCCGACAAGUGUACCUCUUCCUUACCGCCACAGCGACAUAUGCGAAGCACUUUUGGACCCAUCUAUCACCUCGAGGGUCUUGCUGCGGGGGACUCCAUCUGUAGAAUCUAUUCGGAAAUAUUAUCAACAGUUAAUUGUUCAUGUUCAUCCGGACAAAAACCCAACGCCCUCUGCGAAGGAAGCAUUUUUGCGUUUGGUUGCACUCCAAAAGGAUGCUUUGCAGUAUUUCGAUCAAAAGCAAAAAGAGGCAGCCAGUCUGAUACCAAAUAAGCCGUCAGCUUCUGCUAGGGGCAGAAACAAAGUGAAAGGUACUAGAGGAGGUGCCGUCGCAUCACGAUUGGCGGAAGACAUGCCGAAUAUAUUUCAUGCAAAAAAGAAUCGUAUCACAUUGAAGUCGCUUAAAAGGAAGGACAUUGCCGAUGAUUUUGAAAUAUUUAGCUCCCCACGCAACCGCUUUAAUCCUCAAGCAGGCGAUAUUGAUGAAGACCAAUUACAUAGUGUGAAUAGGAAUAUGCAGACACGUACAAAGACGAACCCUCCGGUGCGAGGUCGCAGCAAAGCAAAAAAUCGUAGGUGGCCAAACCAUGCAAAUGGCAUCGAACCCACCAUGUUAGAUUCCUUUUCCCCUGUAUCAGACUCAACAUCGCAACACGAAGCAGGCUUUGAUGUUCCAGAGGAAGAAUUUAGUAGUGAUAGCGAUGGAAGGGAUCUUUCCGCAGUAGAAAUAGAGCCCGUUAAUAGUACUCAGAUGCAUCCAAUGUCCAAUAGUAACGAAGUUUGCACUGAGGAGGAUUUUGCUUCGAGACAAACAUUUUCCCAUAAUGAUUGUGACUAUAGCCAAAUUCGAGACCAAAUUGAUGUUAUCAUUGAAGCGCUGAAUAAUAUGAGGUUUCACAAUCCCCCCGUUCGCCUAGAGUGUGACCUUUCCUUUGCUGCCUAUGAACGCAUCAAGAAUCAGGCUCGUCUUGCGUAAUAGAAGCUAUGUACAGUAGGUGUAUGUCGUUAUUUUCAAUCAAUUACUUUUACUUUUUGUACAUCUCUGAAUUUAUGACCUGUAAA